ACAAACAUUUCCUGUUUCAUGCAGUGUUGAAAGACCAAAGGGAGGUUUUUGGUCAUGGAGAAAAACAAUUCAUUCCCUGAAUAUUCUUGCUCUUACACUGAAUUUGGGUUCAGAGAACAAUCAAACUCAUACAAUUUUAAUGGGCCAUGCCAAAAGGGAAGUGGGUUUUGUGCAGCAAAUGAUCCAGAGCUUAAGAGGAAGAAGAGAAUCAAGGCAUAUAACGUGUUCACAGUGGAGGGAAAGCUUAAAACAAGUGUAAGAAACAGCUUCAAGUGGAUCAAAAGCAAGUUUGGUGAUAUUCGCAGUGGCGUGUGAACUAUGACACCCUUAGAAUAAAAGUGGGCAAGUACAACCUCGUCUUGCAUGCUCAGUAAUCUCAGCUUUUAUGAAGGUAUGAAAUUAAAAGGGAAAAAAGCUUUCCUUUGUAAAAGAAAAUGAAAACAAUAUUUUUUUCUUGUAUACAAUAUUUAUCUUCAAAGGUACUUCUUUCAAGUACAAUGUUUUACACAGAAAAAAACAAUUAAGUGUGUAAGAUGUUUUCUUCAAUCAAAGUGUUAUUAAGGGUUUUCUAGGUUGGUCUUGUAUAAAAGGAAACUAAACU